AAAGGCAAAGUCUCACUCGAACCGUGCAGGUCUCCAGUUCCCUGUUGGUCGCAUUCACUGAUUAUUCCGCAAGGGUAACUAGGCCGAACGGAUUGGUGCCGGAGCACCAGUAUACCUAACAGCGAUUAUGCAAACAAGUCUCGGCCGUCGGAGUGCUCAAGUUGGCUUGCAAAGCUGCUCACGACAAUCAGAAAACCCGCAUCAAGAACAGAGCAGCUUCGGUUCGGCGCUCAUCAAGGCAACAAUUAGUUUCAGUGAGUGGCAAAGUGUUUCUCCGGCACGUCGCAUUAAAUGUAAUUUACUGAACAACAUGUCACAAGCUGGAUGGGAAGAAAUUUUCCAACUGUGAAAGCUGUGGCGAGUGGCAAACGCAAUAGCUAAACAAGAAGGUUUAACCGAACAAGAUGGGAAUAUCGAGUGAUAACAAAAACACAACACCAAAGGUUCUUUUCAGAACCAUCAACAUGUUCAUAAAGAGUAAACAGUAAACAUAAUCCAUGGUAGGUAUUCACGUAGGAGAAGAAAACAAAACAAUAUAUUUAAAAUAUAUAUUUAACAAAAGCUGUCCCCUUUGUAUAGUCCUACGUCACUCCGGUUAUGUCCCCGACAUUACCCACCCGUCUUUUAUUAUCGCGAAAUAUUUCAUAGAACUAACAUGAACAUUGUGGAACAGUUAGACAAGCUAUCUACCGAACAAGAGCUUUUGUGUGACGCAUAUUGCUUAACUUACUAGCACCUAUUUCGCGAUGUUCAUUGAGCAGCUUUCCCACUAGAAUUGAAUCGAAAAAAUAACAUGAAAGGAUUAUCGGCAUGUUCGGACCUAGAUUCAAGACACAGAGGCUUGAGCUCACGUUCAAAUGCUUCCUUGUAUUUUCCAUGAAUUAGCCAAUUGAUAAAAUUUUUGGGUUCGUAAACAAAGCUCGUCAAAGGCAUGUCAAAAUGGUCGAAACGAACAAAAAUCACUCGUUUCGAAAUGCGCAAUGUCACCUCAGCAUUUCAGGGCAAAAAGCACAAAGCCUAAAUGGGAGCACACUUCACCUAAUCCGGCUAUACAAUCGCAAUGUGCAAUUUACAUUGUUUCUGUGAAACUUUUUGAAUAAUCAAUCUGCUUCCAUUGAUAUGGAUCAUAGCCAUAACAGAGAUUUCUAGUUUUCUCCGUGUACAGUAAUCGUUCGCUAACUGGUCGUGGUUUAACUGGUCUGCUGUUUAACUGGGCGAACGUUAACUGGUUUUUGGACCAGUUAAAAAGCAGAAUUUCGUAAACAAUCGACGCCAUAUUCAAAUGGAAGAUUUGCUGUGAGGGGCAUUCGAAUGUAAUUUUAAAUGUUAUGAAAAUUGACAUUAAUUCGCACGACAAAAACAUUGAUUAAACUACAGAAAAAUAAUUUUCUCAAAUCAUAUGUCAUACCUGUUGUUGCACUCAAUGCGAAACUUCCAUUGGAAUCCUUUUGUUUAUCCAAUUACAGGAACAAUACGAAUCAAACAAUUCAUUGAAGUUUCCCUCGAUUUUAUUUGACGUUUAACAUGCCGGACCAGUUAAAACGCGAAUGUCGAUAAGUGGUCUUCCCUUUUCGCCCAGUUAGUGAAUGUUUACUGUAUAUGGCUUCGACGCUAAAAGUAAAUAUUUGUAUGUAAAGAGACAUAUAUUCGCAUGUUAUUAAUAUAGUGUAGCGCGUAAUUUCUAUAACUAUUUCGCUAAAAUAAUUAUUUAAACAAAGCUCAAGCUCAAAUAACAAGAGCCAAAGGUUGUACCGCUCAUAACAACUCUACACGAACUGAUGAUUGCGCCGGCUAGUGACCAUUCUAUCCUGGAUUCCUCGAGUCGAGAAAGAUGCACCACGCUAGAUAUGGGUUACAGACUAGGGGGCGUUGCUGAUUAAUGGUCAGCUGCAUCCCAAUAGGAAGAAUCCCGUGUCGGGCACACGUACAGAGCAUUGGAGACAACAACAUCCCAAUUACGAAAACACUUGUAAUACUAACCUCGAGCCAACCGCGAGUAAUCGGUUAAAUAUUACUAACAUAGAUAAUAGGAAAAAUUGUCAAAGUAUUGGACUCCCGGCCCCGUGAGGCUAACGCCGUAUGAGCCUUGAUAAAAAUAUAUAUUUUGGAAAAAAAAGCUCAAUCUUGUCGAUUCCUGCCCAACAGAUCACUAAUACAUAUGCACGCUGCAAGCGCCCUAUUAAAAGUUGAUCUGAAUAGUUCGUUGAGAGUCACAGAACUUUAGAGUUGCGAAGAAGUGGUAGAAGUAGAGCUGUAGAAUUGUUGCGUAAGUCGAAAACACGGUUCGUUUGUUUCAAACUUUCAUUGAUACCAAGCAAAAUUAUACAUAGCUGUACCGGAAUCACAAGCGUCAUAGUUGUCCUGAAAAAAAAAGAAUAGGAAGGAUUAGGUAAAAAACUGUCAAUGUAAGUAAAUAUAAGAAGAAUUUGAUUCGUUAUUCAUUUUUGUUUUUGCGAGAACAAUAUACGGGAUUUGCCUUGUGCACAUUCUGAGGCGAAAAAGAAAAAAACUGUCACUUCAUUUGGAAAUCUGAUCCGUAACGUAUCCGGGUUAGGUCAAUGAGGUCAUAUAGAUUUGAAUUCAUCACAAAUAAGCCAGUUCUGAGAAAAAACGGGGAGUUUGAUACUCCAGAUGGCGGGUUUUAUGUUGUUUGGCCCCUGAACUUGUUCCUGCCAUAUCUGCGGAACCCGUGGACUGAUUCCGGUAAAACUUUAAAUGGUUAUCAAAUGAAAUAAAAUAGGUGUCAACACGGCUGAACUGAAGAAAAAGAUAAGUGAUUUUCAGUAGCGGGAAUAACAACAAACCGUCAGUGGUUGACAGAAAAGGGUUUGUUUAUUCUGGAAAAUAAAUUUUUGAAUAACUGCAGCAAGAAAAGUGUAUUUAUAAAAAAUCCAAAAUUUAUAGUUGAAAAUAUCGUUUAAUAAACGUAUAUGAUCAAAGUGUAAAUAACGCGCUUGACAUAGAUCAUUCGCCCAUUGGUGGAAAAUAGAGGUGGAAAUAUCGUAGAAAAAUUAAACUGAAAUUAGUGGAAAGAAGGACAGAAAAGCAUCGGCAGAGUGCAGGAUAGUAGCAAAGGAGGAAAAGUAUAGUUGGAAAAGCGAAGGAUAGAGGCCAAAAAGGCAGAAAGGUGUGUGCACGAGGUUAAAAAGAAACUACUUUGUAAGUAAUAUUACGCAUUUUGUAUGAAAUUUGUAUGUAUAAAAAUGAAUAUAUUUUCAGUUUGAGCUGAUCCUAAAAAGACUGCUUCAAAAUUCGUUUCGUAUCCGUAACAAACUCAAAAAAGUAAUGUCGGAUCUAACCUCAAAUCACUCCGAUCCUGAGAUGGGUUUUACACUUACUCCGUGUGCAGCCUGCAACAAGACGUCAUCGGAGAAUGGAGGGAUGGUCGGUUGCGAUUCCUGUAGUAGAUGGUUUCACUACCGAUGUGUAGGAGUAACUCCUACGCAUCGGUAACUCGUUCCACUACAAAGUCGGACGCGGUUCCUACCCAGGAGGAGAAACUCAAAGCAAUGGAAGAGGAAUGCAAGCGGAAGAUGCAAGAGUUGGAAUUUGAGCGGAUCAUUAAGGAGAAGGAAAUGAAGUUCAAACUGGCGCUGCAAGAGAGAAAGCUGCAGAUGGAGAAGGAGAUACGUGACAAAGAGAUGGCUCAGGAGAAGCUGUUGUUGGAACGAGCCCGGGAGGAAAAAACUCGUGAGACUUCAAGAGAGUUUGCGAGGACCAGCUCUCGAAAGCGUGCGAGGACAACUUCUUCUUCCGCAAUCCGUCCCGAAGGUGAUCCAAAAACUCCGCCAGUUGUAUAGCAGACCUGAGCUUCUGCUUCAAAGCCAGCUGGAACGCGUUAGGAAAUUGGAUACUCCGAAGUCCGACAGACUUGCGUCGUUUAUUCCAUUCGGAAACGCCGUACAACAACUCUGCGAUCAUUUGGAAGCGGCACACUUGCAACAACAUCUAAUCAACCCGUUACUGAUUCAGGAGUUGGUCGACAAGCUCCCGGCUGGGGACAAACGCGAGUGGGUCCGAUACAAGAGGAAGAAGAAGGAAGUAACAUUGCGAACGUUUACCGACUUCGUGUCCAGAAUUGUCGACGAAGCUUGCGAGGCAAGUGUCAAGCGGGACCUAAAAUACGAGCCAGCGGGAGUCCACCGUGGAAGCAACGAGGGGAGCAAGAGCAGAUCGAAGGAGAAAGGUGUCCUACUGGUGCUGCAAGGAGCACUAGUGAAAAGGCGAAGCCUAAACCGUGCAGAGCAUGUCAGCGCACCGAUCAUCGUUUGCGGUACUGUGAGGACUUUCGGCGAAUGACCUACGGUGACCGAAUGGAUCUCGCGACAAAGUGGAAGCUGUGCCUCAUUUGCUUGAACGACUACGGGAAUGCUUCCUGCAAGUUCAAGAUUCGCUGUAAUGUCGAAAACUGCCAGGAGAGACAUAAUCCUCUACUCCACCCGCAAGGAGGUUUCAUCGGUACGAGUGCACACAUCCGAUCAGCGAGCGCAAUCCUUUUCCGGAUGAUUCCGGUACGGCUCCAUUGUGGAGGGAAAACGGUGACGACGCUAGCGUUUCUGGACGAAUGUGCGUCGGUUACGCUGACUGAGAAGGAGUUAGUGGAUCGUUUAGGUAUCGUGGGUGUUCCAGAACGGCUGACUAUUACGUGGACGGCCGAUAUAACUCGCGAAGAGAAAGGUUCCAGGCGAGCUAGUGUGUGGGCGUCAGCCAUCGGCGGUGGGGAAAAAGUGUUGCUGUCCGCUGUCCGCUCGGUCGAAUGUCUGCUUUUCCCUAAACAAUCGUUAGAUUCCUCCAAAACUUCAAGUGAAUUCUUACACUUGCGCAAUAUUCCGCUCAUGUCGUAUAAAGAUACCAGACCAGGGAUGCUGAUAGGGCUCAACAAUAUAGAUGCGUGCGCUCCGCUCGAGGUACGGAUGGGGAAUCCUGGUGAGCCAGUGGCUGUACGCUGCAAAUAUGGGUGGACUGUCUAUGGGCAGAAAAAUUAAAUCGCGUUGAAUCCAACGGAGCUUAUGGGUUUUCAUGACAUCGUCAGCAACGAAGUUCUCCAUGAUUUACUGAAGACCCACUACGCUCUGGAGGAGUCGGUUGUGGCUGUCAAGAAGGAGACAAAAGAGGACGGAAGGGCCUUGGGUAUCCUGCAGUGCACGACGAAACGACUUGGGAACCGCUUUGAAACCGGUCUGUUGUGGAAGAACGACGAAGUCAGCUUUCCAGACAGCUACCCAAUGGCCGUCAAAAGAUUGAAGCAGCUGGAGCAGAAGCUGGAAAGAAACCCGGCUAUCUCCGAAAACGUCCACAAGCAGAUAGUGGAGUACCAGCAAAAGGGAUACGCUCAUCUAGCUACUCCGGGGGAGCUUUCCGGAACCGAUCCCUGCAAGGCUUGGUACCUGCCACUUAACGUAGCCCUAAAUCCCCGCAAGCCCGGAAAAAUCCGUCUGGUGUGGGAUGCAGCUGCAAAGGUUGAAGGAAUGUCUCUGAAUUCGCAGCUGUUAGAAGGGCCGGACAUGCUCACUCCUCUAGUGUCCGUUAUCAUCGGGUUCAGAGAGCGUAGAAUCGCUUUCGGUGCAGACAUCCGCGAAAUGUAUCACCAGCUGCGGAUCAUCGAGGCUGACAAACAAGCACAACGUUUUCUCUUCCGGGCGAAUAAAACAGAUCCUCCGAGUGUCUACGUUAUGGACGUGGCUACGUUCGGGUCGACUUGCUCCCCGUGCUCGGCCCAAUAUGUGAAAAACCUGAACGCAACGGAACAUGCCGACAAAUAUCCAGAAGCUGCGGCGGCAAUUAUCAAUCAGCAUUACUUGACGACUAUUUCGACAGCGCUGAGACCGUUGAAGAAGCGAUUCGUCGAGCGAAAGAAGUGCGGUUCGUCCACUCACAGGGAGGGUUCGAGCUCAGAAAUUGGGUCUCGAAUUCGCCUGAAGUUCUUCGGUAUAUGGGAGAGGAGAAAGCUGCUCACGCGAUCCACUUCGGCCGGGACAAGGAAACCGGCAACGAGCGAGUUCUGGGUAUAAUCUGGAGCCCAGACCAGGAUACGUUCUCAUUCUCGACGGAACAUCGAGAUCACCCGCGUGACUAUCUGAGUGGAACUGAAAGGCCAAUCAAAAGAAUAGUUCUGAGUUGUGUCAUGGGAUUCUUCGAUCCGCUAGGGCUGCUAGCGCCCUUCACAGUCCACGGAAAAAUUCUGGUGCAGGAUCUGUGGCGCACUGGUUGUGCUUGGGACGAGAAAGUUGAUGAUCGAUGUUGGACGAAGUGGAAGAGGUGGAUCGAGUUGCUCCCGGACGUAGAAAACAUACAAAUUCCUCGCUGCUACUUCGGUGAUUCGGUGAUUCGUCGUCAGCAGUAGAGUCGCUGGAGUUACACAUAUUUGUCGACGCCAGUGAAUACGCAUACGGCUGCGUCGGCUAUCUGCGUGCGGUCGUUGAGGGCACCGUGCGCUGUUCUUUAAUAAUGUCGUGUUCCAAGGUAGCGCCACUAAAGCGGCAGUCAGUUCCACGUUUGGAAUAUAAACAGUUUGAGAUGAUGUCAUGCGUCCCCGUAUGCACUCUGUGAUUGACGAAUAUACUCGUCAUGGCUCGAUUCUGGCAACAUAAAACUGUGCGCAUUUUCAAAUGAAGAUGCCACAGUUAACUGGUUAAUAUUAAGCUUAUGCUUAGCGUUUAUUAUUAUCAUUUUGAUGUGUUGAAAAUAUGUGUCUUCACAGUGUUUUAAAAUAUAAACGAAAAUGCUGUUCAGAAGAAUAUUUUUUUUGCAAUUCAAUAAGCGAUUCGAUGAGAACCACUAACGAAAAGAACCUACAAAUGAUUAUUGAACGUGUCAUAUAAAAAAGCUUUAAUUUUUAUUCAAUGAUACCUUCAAAAAUUUCAGUUUGUUUUCAUUAGAACGUUUGAUCAAUUUCAAUUUGUCCCCGGAUGACGGUACCCAUAUUUAUAGAUUUUUGAGAUUUAGUAGUUAGUUUUCAAAGCAGUUUUUGAGCAAUUGAAACAAAUUUUGUCAUUCGUACAACUUUAUCGUAAAACGUAACGCUCUCGUUUUAGAAAAUUUAUGUUUACCCUAGUACAGGAAUUAAAUACACAGUCUUACGGCAAAAAGUGUAAUAAAGAAACCGUGGAACAAAUUAUCACAUUAUCAUCCGAGACAUUUCCGAGAUUCAACUUAAAUAGCCUGUUUCCAGAAUGCAUUAACC